AUGUCUGGGCCGGGAAGCGGCUCGCCCGUCCAGCUCGACGAUAUGGACGAUGACGAGGCCCUCCGAUAUGCCAUCGCCCUCUCGUUGCAGGAACAUGACAAAGAGUCUCCCGAGCCCGCCAAGGCAGAGGAGUCACAACCCGAUCACGGGUCACACACUGCAGGAAACUUUUCGCUACGCCUGCUAGACAGAAAGGCAAUGGAAGAGGCGCGGCUGCAGAGAUUAGCUGGAAAACGACCCCGUCUGGACCAGGAGACGACCCCUGACGAUGGCGACGAUGUCGUCGAAGUGCCACCCCCCAAGAAGAUGAAAUCUGCAGGAACCAGCACCCCAAAAGGCGUCCCUCUAUCUGCCUCUCCGCCCACACAGCCGGCACCAAGUAACUACUUCCCCGAUGGUGUUGUCAGGCGGACAUGGGCAAGGGGCCACCCUCGAGCUUCUGAUGAUAUCAAAAUCGAGGAGGUGUUCCAGAAAGAAAAACUGGAACUCGCACUGAUAUCCUCCUUCCAAUGGGACGAGGAAUGGAUGCUGUCCAAGGUAGAUCUCAGAAGGACCAAACUACUUCUACUUGCAUUCGCCACAAACGAGACUCAACAACAAGAGAUGCAGGCAAAUGCACCCCCCAAUGUCCGCUUCUGCUUCCCGCCAAUGAAUGGCCCUGGUGCCAUGCACUCCAAGUUGCAACUUCUCAAGUACCCCGACCAGCUUCGUAUUGUUGUCCCUACUGGAAACUUGGUCCCUUACGAUUGGGGAGAGACGGGCGUGAUGGAGAAUAUGGUGUUCUUGAUCGAUCUACCUCGCCUAGGCGAUGCCGCCGACCACAAACCCACCCCCUUCAGCACCGAGCUAGCGAGAUUUCUGACCGAGGCCAAGGUCGAUGAUAAGAUGGUCGGCAGCCUCACCAGCUACGACUUCGCACGGACCGAGAGGCUCGGAUUUGUUUACUCCAUCCUUGGGCUCGCUACCACAUCUCCGAUCGAGGUUGACAGUGUUGUACCCGCUAAUGUCGGUACUUGCCAGAGCGCCUCACUUGGCUCCCUCACCUGCGACCUACUCACAUCAAUCUACAACGCCUGCCAAGGAGAUAAUGGCAUGAAGGAAUACAACGCGAGAGGUACCCGGAAGCCAGCAGGCGCAUCGCAUUCCACGCCGCAGCUGUUAAGAGACCACUUCCGUAUCUACUUCCCGACAGAAACCACUGUCGUCAAUACCCGUGGCGGAAGAGGGGCAGCGGGGACGAUCUGCGUUCAGGCCAAGUGGUGGCGGCAGCCCAGGUUCCCCACAGACCUGGUUCGCGACUGUGUCAGCUCUCGGAAGGGGCUUCUCCUACACACUAAGGCCAUCUUCGUCCACGCAGCCAGCGCGGCGGAGGUCGCCGAUGCACCCAGCCACAAGGCUAGCGCCUGGGCUUAUGUGGGUAGCGCCAACCUCUCCGAGAGCGCCUGGGGCCGCCUAGUCAAGGACAGCAAGACCGGCAAACCGAAGCUGAACUGUCGCAACUGGGAGUGCGGAGUAGUCGUGCCCGUGCUAGAGGCCAACGGCAAGGCGCGGCCUACCAAGGGAGCUUCGGCGGUGGCAACUAGUUCUGCUGGGACCGAGGCGGGCAGCAGAGGCAGCAGCAACCUAGGGGAAUUGUUCGCAUCUACAGUGCCAAUGCCAAUGCUAGUCCCGGGUCGUUUGUACGGGCCGAAUGAGGAGCCAUGGUUUUACGCCGAUUCGUAA